AAGACAGAGGCGGACAAACAACCACUGCUAUGUGUCCAGUUUGGAGGCCGGGUACAGCCCCUCCUCAGAUGGGGCGCUUCUGUCACCUGUCAGCUGAUGCCCAAACUGUGAUGGCCGGCAUAUACAGACAAUACAGUGAACAGAGGAAGCAACUUGCUGCUCAAACCAAAGAUCACCCAGGGACCUAUUACCAACAGAUGUAUGAGAAGAGAUUUGGAGCACCCCCUGAUGUGAACACCAGUUCUUCACAGAGUAUACCAGUACAUUCACCAUCAACCUUAGAGAAGAGAGAUGCUGACCUUGACCCCUUGUCUAACCAGUUGGAAAGGACCCUCUUCGAAAACUCAAAUACACAUUCUGUUAUGGGAAACAUCUGUGAAUCUUCCAUUGGAAAGUAGACAGUCGUCAACCACAUUGGCUCCAGCAUCAUCCAGAAAUUCUGAUUUGAUAGAAAUUGAUAAAGAAAAAGCGCAAUAUAGUACAUUUCCAUACACAGCUUUUGAGGCUUCUGAUACAGAAAUUCUGUUACAACAAGAAAAAUGUCAUUCACAAAGAUCUGAAAAAGGUACCGUCAAAGGAACACCUUCGUUGGGGAGUAAACCCAAUACAAUUUGUUCUACAAAUACAGAAACGAGAAAUGUGGUACGUCAUGCAGGAUUAUCAAAUAGUACUCUAGGGAUUCCCACUCUAAAAUCUCCCUCUUCUUGUUGUACAAGAGACACAAGGCAGGAUGAAAAGUCAAGGGAGACAAACACAGCUUCAGUCAAAGAAACAUCUAUUUCAGCCAGACUGAAACAGCAUAUGAUAAUGAGGAAAGAUAUGCAGAUGAAACAAAAUAAAAAAGAACAUACUAAAAGGCUUGUUAACCCUUCAGAGCGAUCCACCAUCAGUUGUCCUGAUACUAACAGGAUAUCUUCACAUUUCACGACUCCUUACAAAAAACAGAAGCAGGAUGUGACUGAGAUGGAAGCACCUAAGUCUGUAAUGAAGACUACAGAAUCACACGAGAAGCUGCCAUUCAGUAGGCAGCACACAGCCAGUGUGGUGACAACAAUGAGUGACCAAGAUCUAGGGGAUGUCCUCCAAACUUUACACUCUGCUCCAGAAGUGCUGAUUUCUCUAGUUUAUCAAAAUGGUUCUACACAGCUGAGGGAUAUCUAUACUGCUUCAAGUAAGAGGAAGUCAGCAGGAAAUUUCAGACAGAAACAAUGGACAUCUGAGGUCCAGGCUGUAGCGGUGUGUGGUUGUGAGGGUGGUACUGGGCCUUCUCAGGAAGACAAAGUUUGGCUGUUUCCAUUACCAGACCAGGAUCACAGCAAUGACUCACAUGAUACAAUAAUCAGAGAAUUCUGGAAAGACUUGAUAUCAAACCAACACAGAAAGAUUUGCUGUGAUGCCAAGAUGUUAUUAAUUAUAUUGAUGAGAGAUUUCGGUGUCAAAGAAGCUAAAGAUGUUGCUGUAUUUGAUCCUGUUGUGGCAGCAUGGUUGUUGGAUCCUGACUGUGAAAAUGUGACAUUUCAAAAAAGUUUGUCACUCGUUUGUCUCUCUUGGAAGGAGCAUGUGUUAAGCAGUGCUAUAGAGGUUUUAAAAGAGGACAUGUGCCUACUGUCGGAGCUGAUGAAGCGACUGUACCAGAAGUUGGUAGCCCGAGAUAUGUGGGAUCUCUACUGCUGUGUGGAAAUGAAGUUACUCCCUCUCCUGGCAGCCAUGGAGCUCCGACCACUCCGAGUAGACGCUGACACCAUGCUCAGAUUCUCGGACAUCCUCAAGAGAAAGCUGCAGAAGUUGGAGCAGAAUGCCCACAAGGCUGCCGGUCAUCCGUUCCUUAUCAACAGUCCAGCACAGCUACGGCAGGUGUUAUUUGAGGAACUAAAACUUGACAAGAAGUUACCUGGAAAUAGGAAGCUGGCUAAGACAAACAUCGGACACCAGAUAUCUACAUCGGAGGCCGUACUGAAUCAGUUAGUGGGAACACAUCACCUACCAACCAUUAUACUGGAGUACAGACAGGUACAGAAGCUAAAGUCUACCUAUGUAGAUGGGAUGAUGUCGUGUGUUCAGGAGGGGUAUAUCUAUACCCACUGGGACCAAACAUCAGCUGCCACAGGCCGACUCUCUUCUUAUCAGCCCAAUAUACAGGCCAUCCCCAAAACCUCUACUGUGAUAUCUGACUAUACCGACAACUACAUUGUAGGAAAGGAGAGUGGUGACACAGUAGAAAUAUUUGCAAGGGAUUCCUUCAUCAGCCAUGAUGGAUGGUCCUUCCUUGCAGCAGAUUUUCAGCAGAUUGAGUUGCGACUUUUAGCCCACUUAGCUGAUGACCCCACUUUGUUGAAGAUCUUUACUGAUUCUGAAUCUGGAAGUAAAGAUAUCUUUGUAGAGCUUACAUCACAAUGGUUGUGUAAGCCUGUCAGCCUUGUAACAACACAGGAGAGAGAACAGACAAAGCGAGUGGUCUAUUCUGUCAUGUAUGGGGCAGGGAAGGAGAGACUUGCAGAAUACCUCAAGAUAUCUCCUCAUGAUGCUAAAGCUAUAAUAGACAGCUUUCUGGUCAAGUUCCCAGCUGUCAACCAGUUUUCCAGGAAAUGUAUAGAGUUCUGUCAGAAAAAUGGGUUCACGACCACCAUUUUCAAAAGGCGGAGAUUAAUACCAAACAUCAAGUCUCCAUCCCCAGUUCUACGAGCCCAGGCUGAGAGACAGGCAGUCAACUUCUGUGUUCAAGGUUCAGCUGCUGACUUAUGUAAAGCAGCUAUGAUACAAGUGGAGCACACACUACAGAGCCACACCCAUCUAAAAGCCAGACUGGUUGUCCAAAUUCAUGAUGAACUCCUGCUGGAGGUAUCGGAUGAAGAUCUGAACACCAUCAAAAGUCUGGUACAAUCUGUGAUGGAAGAUGAAGCGACUCUCUGUGGUAAAAUGGUGUCACUCAAAGUUCCUGUCAAGGUUUCCUUGAGUGCUGGAAAAACAUGGGGACAUCUGUCUCCACUUGAUUCCAGGCCACUAUAAUGAAACAUUUGGAUAUACAACUCUUUAGUACAGUCAUUGAGAACUGGUGGUUUGACUGAUGGAACAUUGCUGACACAGAAAGAAGACUCACAGCGAUUUUUAAAGGGAAAAGGAGACCCAAUAAUUAGCUCUUACAGAGAAAGGGGAGAAACAGGGGCCAUUUAGUUUAUCGGAAACUCAGACAAUUUCAUAAAAAAAGGAGACAGGAAUCUUGAGAAACAUUAAGUGAAAUAUGUUACUACAGAAAUUGCAGUUAAGGGGAAAAAAGAUUGGAAAAAUUCUGAGAAGAAAAUUGGUAUUGACACAAUCAAAGACUUAAUUUGGUGGAAAAUAUUAAUCUGAUAUUAAAAGAACAAUUCUGAUAGAAACGAAAGUGAUUUCGAAGCAAUUCAAUCAAGAUUAAAUAUGAAUACAUCAUUUUUGUCCAUAUAUAGUAAUAUUGACAAGCAUCUAUCUCAGUUUUCAUAUCGAGCUGAGUAAAACAGCAGUUUGAUAUUAAUAUCAAGAGGAUACAAACACAUUUAUGUUACAGCAAAACUAUUUAUUAAAACCAAAUAAAUACUUCAAAUUCCAAUAAAAUAUUAUUUUAAAUGCAUAUCUUGUUAGUUAAAAAUGAAGACACAGUCUGCCUAGUACAUAAAACGACUGUUGAAUAUGGUAAAAUCACCCAUGAUUUUCUCCACUCAUUUAAAGCCUUCUCUUUAAAUACAUGUUAUUUUGUCAAUAGUAAUGUAGAUAUCAAUGUUCAUAAUGCAAUUUCAAAAUCUUUUUAGAUGAAAAGUCUUCCCCUUUCAUUUUGUCGACAUUAAAACUACAAGUUUAGGUACCAAACUCAUAUUACUGAUUAAAGAAAUUCAAAGCAUUAAUUAACUUAACGACAUGAUAAAUCUUAUGUUAUUUGGUCCAUAUCUGUUUCGGAAGUGUUCACAUUUAGUCAAAAUGUCAUCAUAUUCAACAACAACAGCUCAAAAUCUCCAAAACUUACUAUGUGUAAGUGAUAUUGUUAUUGACAACUUAAUAAAAUCUAAAUAAAAUUUGAUGUUCAAUUUAACCCUGUAUGAACUCUAUACAGCAUUAAAUUGAACAUCAAAUUUUCAUUAGAAUGGAUUUUUAAGGAGUAUUAUUAAUUCUUAACCAAUUAUGAAACUAAAGCAUGAUGAUGUUAAAA